AUGCCUCAGCGCGCCCAAGGCGAAGACUUUACUCAAGAUAUUCAGAAUAUAGAUAGCAGCUCCACUGCUGACUCGACAGAUUCAGACAGUGACCAGUCCAACGACGAUUCCGAUUUAUUGCGUGUUUGUACUGCAAUCGCAGCACCUCCUCUCAAUGCAUCAGCCGAAGAUCUUCGCAAGGCAAGUCUUUAUGUUGCACUCGAACUUGCACAAAGGCUACUUCUAGAUAUGCGAGGAAAGUACCGGGAGGCUCUGAAGAAGAACGCUCUCCUUGAGGCUACACUUUCAAAAGGUCGGAAGACAAAGCUCACCAACAAGGACCUCGCACUCGCCGCCAAGGAAGAUACCAUCAAGAACUACGGACGCAAGUUUUCUGAUGGCAUCAAAGCCGAAAUCUUUCUUUUUAUUCUGCCAGCAGACCACAACAUGAUGGCCCAUAAGAACUUCGGUUCCCAUUUUGUCAAAGGCAUCAAUAGUGUUCGUGCCGAAAUGGUUUCUGAUGUCAAGUCAUGCGCAGCCGCCAUUUUCAAUCUCGACGCAAAGUUCUUCAUACGAGGGUAUGCACGGGAUUUGGAGCCUGCAUGUCGCACCUUGCUCCUUAACCCUCAAGGUGCAUACACGAAAUUUGCACCAGUUCUCUUCCCUCAUCCAGAUCGUGUCUCCCGAGAAGACUUUUUCAAAACAUCAAAGCUCGUUUAUAUCUUGAAAGCGUCUCUUUUUGGCCGAUCCUCGCUAGCUGCCAAUGCGCCUCCAACGCCUAAAACCAAAGCUAAGAUAUGGGAGUUACGUGCCAUAACUCCAGGCCUCAUCGCAGCAGCAGCAAUUGUUGCUAUCUUUAUUCUUUCUGGCGACAAAGAGCUAGUCGAGAUAGAGUACCAUAACUACUACCGUCAAACUCUGAUGACCGGCGGCGCCUGGGCCGACAGCAUUUACACCUUCUUCAACAAUUCCCUCUUUGCUACUUCUUCCUCUGUAGCUGCUCUGGGCUCAGACUUUGUAGGUGUGAGCAGCGGUCCACACAAUACCUGGGAAGAGGAUUUCGAGUGUGUGAUGGAAACGGGGGGUGAUUUGCCAGAAGUUGAUGCUCCCCGAGCCAUAUCACCACUCACUGACGAAGAAGAUACCCCACCGUCAGCUGUCCGUCGUGUCGCCAACUUGAAUGCACCUAAUAUUCUUGCACCUGAAUCUAUAUCUGCGGCUAUGCAAGGUCUUGCUGUAGCAGAUUCACAGGACCGCGAGCUAUUGCCACCUACGCCUGCACUCAACGAUUCGGGCUCGCGGGCACCUGGAAUGCUUACCAACAAUUCAGAGUCUGGUCCAGGUGCUCUCGUUCAGAAGCCCAAGCCCAAGCCCAAGCCAAGGCGCAAGACCAAGGGUGGAGCCAGGGCCGAGGAUUUAAUGUUAGGUGCUGCUGACGAGGAUCUGGCAUUGGUGCGAAGGUCUGGCCGUGCAAAGAAAUAA